CAUCUCUUUCGUCCCAUCCUCCUUCCUUCACUUUCUAACCCUGAUCCUCCUCCUCCUCCUCCUCCUCCUCCUCUCAGCUGUGGAUGCCCUCGCUCACUUCCAGUAUGGACUCGGGAGGGGAAGGAGAAGAGGGCUGGAUGGAGGACCAGUGGGAGAAAUGGUUGACCCAUGACAUCAGCCUGGAUGAGUUCGAAGAUGACGACCUGUCGGAGAUCACGGAGAUCACAGAUGAGUGCGGAUUGAGUCUCAACUGUAACGGUCCGGACAUGAAGGGCCGCAUCAGGCGAGGAACCAAUAGCCUGUCGGGGAGGGCGGAGCUCGGCGCCGUCGGCCAGCUCCAGGCGGAGAUGCUGCAUUUGGAACUGAUCGACGGUGCCGACGGUUACCGCGGCGACAAAGAGUCGUCGAAGGCGUCGGCCAUCGCGCCCCUGCCCCUCACCAAGGACCCCGCGGCGCCUGUUACCAUGGAUACCUACCGGCCCAAGAGACCCACGACCCUUAACCUCAUCUCCAUCGUGCCUCGCACACAGGACACACUAAACAACAACUCCUUCGGGAAGAAAUACAGCUGGCAGGAGAAGGUGUCGGGCUCCUGCUCGCCUCUUAAAACAGGCGAGCGCACCACCACCACCCCCCCGGCGCCGCGCGAGCACAGCUGCCUGAGCGACGAGGACCAGGUGCAGGGCGGCGGAGCGCAGACCAAAGACCGCGGGACGUCCACCGACGCCCCCUGCAGGCACGGCCACGCCGCCGGCCACUCGUCCGCGACUCGCUCCAAGCUGCAGGGGAAGCCGCCGGCGCCGCCCCCGCCGCCCCAGAACCACACGCCGGCUCCGGCGGGGAAGGCGGAUGGAGGCGGGCCCUACCGGGAGAAGAUCCGCUACCACACGGACGUCCGCCUGGAGCCCACGGAGGAGAUCUACCUGACCCCCGUGCAGCGCUCCGCCGACGCUCUCGACCCCCCCAACGCGCAGGACCGGCCCUUCCUCUCGCAGCAGACGGAGCAGGGCCGCAUGUCCAUCGGCUCCGACACGGAGGGCCCGCCCCCGUACCAGCCGCUCCCGGACCGGACGAACCCCUCCAUCUACGAGGAGGACGAGGUCCACGCCCCCCCUCCAUCCUACGCUUCCUGCGUAGAGGCACUCGUCACGCCGCCCGGCGCGGCCCGCUCCUCCCCCGCGCUCGACCUCAGCCUCAAGGGCGCGGGAACGGGGGCCGGAGUCAUGCUGAGACCCGGCUCGUCGGUGGAGUACGUGGACGCCACGGACGAGAGCUACUGCGGCGAGGACGAAGACGUGGACAGGAUAAUGAUGGACGGAAGGGCGAGGAAGGGCGGAGGAGUGGGAGGCGGCAGGGACCAACUCAGAACUUCCAUGACCUCGGAGGCCAGCGGCCUUUCGUACGACUCGGUCAAAUACACGCUGGUGGUGGACGAGCACGCUCAGCUGGAGCUGGUCAGCCUGCGGCAGUGUUACCAAGGCUACAGCGACGACAGCGACUCGGCCACCGUCUACGACAACUGCGUCUCUUCCCCCUACGAGUCGGCCGUCGGGGAGGAGUACGAGGAGGAGGAGGAGGAGGAGGGGGAAGGGGAGGAAGAUGAGGACGAUGAGGACGGCAUUCAGAUCGGAGGAGUGAGGAGAGAGGCCACGGCGUGUCUGUCCGAGGACUCCACCCCGGAGGGCGACCUGCGCUUCUCCAAGAAGUUCCUCAACGUCUUCAUGAACGGACGCUCUCGCUCCUCCAGUGCAGAGUCCUUCGGCUUGUGCUCCUGCCUCAUUAACGGAGAGGAGCGGGACCAGAGCCACAGAGCCGUGUACAGGUUCGUCCCUCGCCAUGACGACGAGUUGGAGCUGGAGGUGGACGAUCCGCUGCUGGUGGAGGUCCAGUCGGAGGAUUACUGGUACGAGGGCUACAACAUGCGAAGCGGUGCCCGGGGGAUCUUCCCGGCUUAUUACGCUGUGGAGGUGACCAAGGACGCUGAGACGAGCAAAGUGAAGAGCAGCGAGUGGAUGGACGGAUACCGGCUGAAGUUCCUGGGCUCGGUUCAAGUGCCGUCCCACAAAGGCAACGACGUUCUGUGCGCAGCGAUGCAGAAGAUUGCCACCAACCGGCGGAUGACGGUGAAGUACAACCCGCCGUCCUCCUGCAUCCUGGAGAUCAGCGUGAAAGGCAUCAAGCUCGCAGUCCACGAGGAUUACUACGCGCGGGAUAAAAGCAACGAGUGCAGCCACUUCUUCCAGCUAAAGAACAUCUCCUUCUGCGGCUAUCACCCCAAAAACUGCAAGUAUUUCGGUUUCAUCACCAAACACCCGGCAGACCAGAGAUUCGCGUGCCACGUGUUCGUGUCUGAAGACUCCACCAAACCUCUGGCGGAGUCAGUAGGGAAAGCCUUCCAGUUGUACUAUAAAGAGUUUGUGGAGUUCUCGUGCCCAACAGAGGACAUCUACCUGGAAUAAGCCGGCCCUGCCUUCACCCACAGCUCUGUACAGGACACUUGAACCAUAACAUAAUGUUGCAUGAAGGACAGUCUCAUCGAAAAGGAAGAGACAAAUUAAAAACUAACACAUUUGACGAAAAGGCAGAAAGGAGCCCCUUAUCGCAACUUGGAGGGGAAACUUGUGUGGCAGGAGGGGGGGGGGGGUAACAUGCAAAAUGGGGGUGUGGGAGGAAGCACAAACGUUGCACUGCUGCAGCCUCCGUGGAGCGGGUUUGCCUGCAGCGGAAUCAGAGCAGGUGCAACGCCAAAAGCCCGGGAGCCGUAACUUGAGUGCACCAGCUUAUAUUUGCACUUGUCAAAAAAAAAAAAUGGGUUGAUGUUUGGAAACACAAUGGGAGUUUGCUUUAGCAGAGGUUUAAUUUUACUGAACGCUCCCUUCCCUCUGCACACAAUGGACGGAAGGAAGGAAACCCGUGUGGGAGCGUGAACUGAAGGUGAUCACAUUGUUCAGUGGCAACAACAAGAAAAAAUCCAGCUGAAGGGGACGUUCUCUGCAUUGUGACCCUUUCAGACGUUAAUGUGAAGAUGCUGAUGAGGAGGCCAGAAUGCAAUGCAGGAGUAGCAGUUAGCAGAUCACUGUUGCAUAAUACACUAAACAUGUAGAUCAUAAACAUCUCCUGAAAAGCUCUCCGCAUCACGUGAACAAGAUGUUUUCCACUUUUUUUUUAAGCCCCCCCCCCCCCUCGCCAAACGAUGCCCCCAGCCGGUAGUUCUACAUCCCUCGGCCGCACUGCGCUUCUCUUUAACCUCGUUGGGACCACGCAUGAGACGUUCGGUGACGCGUCGAUCCUCCUCGGUGCGGUCGUCUCUAGAAAGCGGCUCCUCGUAGGGAAACGUGGUGGUUUGUGGCGCCGACGAAGAGGGCAAAAGAAGUCUUCGUAUCUUCACUAGCAGUGCCUCUUUUUCGAUCAGGUCGCCGGGACCUCAGCGGGACGGCGUCCCGUUCCAAGGGAUCGCUCUCGGGCGACUUUUGAAUGCAAAUUGCGAUGAAGGAUGCGUUUGCUGCGCUGCACCUGUGGUGUUUUAGAGCAAAUGACAUCAUGCAAAUUCAUGGUUAUGUCAUUUGUUAGAGCACAUCUUCCCGGAAGGUGGGAACAUUCUGUGAAAAGCAUGCGUGGCAUCACCCACGGCAGAUUGUCAACGCUAUUUGAUACGCUGCUCAGCUAGAAUUUCAACUAUUGCAUCUAUCAACACCCGCGGGUACAGAGGCGCUGUUCUCCAGUGGCAAACAGCCACUAACCCUCCUCGUUAAACAGAAGAGAAAAGGUUCAUCAAUGAAGGAUCUGGAAACUGGUUUGUUUCCUUUCAACAACAACAACAACAACGACGACGAUGUGAAACACGAAGAGAGGAUGCUGAUGGAGGCAACAAGGCGGCACCAAGAAGGCAGCGCUGACUUUUCCCACCGGUUCCCGAUAGCAGCGGGCGCCUUACAAAGGGUGUACAGACAUGCCAUAUAUAAAUAAAUAAUUUAAUAUCUGUAAUUAUAAAUACAACGUUGUACGGAUUCAACACGUAGUGUGUGAAAUUGACCUUUAUUUUUAUUUUAUUUUUUUUUUAGCUGUGAAUUAUUCUUUAUUUAAAGUUUUAAUGCAGA